CUUGAAAAUAAUUAAUGGCGUCGUUCCGGCGCCGUUCGUGCAUUCCGGCGGCUCUCCUCCCCCUGGCCUUCUUCCUGCUGCUCGCCAGCAAGCCAACCGCCGGCGAUGUCGGGACCGCCGUCGUCUGGGGCCGCCACGCCGACGAGGGCACGCUCAGGGAGGCCUGCGACACCGGCCACUACAACACCGUCAUCAUCUCCUUCUACAGCGUCUUCGGCCACGGCCGCUACAGCCUCGACCUCUCCGGCCACGACCUCCGCGACGUCGGCUCCCACAUCAAGCACUGCCAGCGCAAGGGCAUCGUCGUGCUCCUCUCCAUCGGCGGCCAGGGAGGCGACUACUCCCUCCCGUCCUCCCAGUCGGCGUCCGACGUCGCCGACAACCUCUGGAACUCCGUCCUCGCGGGCCGCCGCAAGGGCGUGUUCCGCCCCUUCGGCAACGCGGUGGUGGACGGCAUCGACUUCUUCAUCGACCGGGGCUCCGGCGACCACUACGACCAGCUGGCCAGGAAGCUCGACGGCUACAGCAAGUACGGCGGCGGCAAGAAAGGGGUGAUGCUGACGGCGACGCCGCGGUGCGAGUACCCGGACAGGCGGCUGGAGAAGGCGCUGGCGACGGGGCUGUUCGCGCGCAUCCACGUGAGGAUGUUCGGCGCCGGCGAGGAGAACUGCACGGCGGCGCCGAGGGAGGCGUGGGAGAAGUGGGCGGCGGCGUACCCGGGGAGCCAGGUGUGCCUGGGGCUGGUGGCGUCGUCGGGGCAGGACGCGGGGUACCUGUCGCCCAAGGAGCUCUACUACACGCUGGUGAUGUACAUCCGAGACAGGCUCAACUACGGCGGCAGGAUGAUCUGGGAUCGCUACUACGACAAAAUUACCGACUACUCCAUUGGAAGACUUAUCUAAU